CCGCGGUGCCGGGCCAUGCCCGCACGGGCCCGGCGGGGGGGCGGGGGGGCGCCGCCGAGCCGGCGAACGGGCUCGUCCGCCGCCAUCUUGGGAUCCCGCGGGGACUCGAGAGCGUGUCCGCGGCCCCGGCGGGCGCCCGCUCUGCCGGGCGCGGCGCUCGGGGGGCGGCCGCCCCCUUCCGGCCCCCGCCGGCGGGCCCGGCCGCCCCCUGCCCGCGCGUGUCCCCCCGCGCGUGUCCCCCGCGCGUGCUGGCGCGGCCGCUGCCGUGUCACCGCCCCGGUCGGGAGGCCCGGCCCUGGAGUAGCGGGUCCGGCCCGGGGAGGAGCUGUCGCUGCCCUGUCAUUGCUGUGGCCGCCGGUUCCCCGGCCGGAGGUCUCCCCCUGGCUGCCGAGGCAGGGGAGGUCCGGAACGGGAGGGGAAGCCUCGCCGCCGCGCCGAGGGAGCGGGCGGGAGGGCUGGCGGCACGGAGCUGGCCUCCCCGUGCCGCGCCCUGGCGGGCCGGCGGUGGGCGCCUGUCCCAGCCCGGCCCCGGCCCCGCCGCCGGCCCGCGGGGGCUCCGGCCGUUCUGCACCAUCGCGCCGGCGGUGGGCGAGGGGGGCGACGUGCGGGUGCAGGCUCUCGCACACUGUGCCCGCUGCAGCCUGGCCCGCAGGCCUGGCCAGGCGCUCCCCGCCCGUUCCUCCAAGCUGUCACGUUUCAGGUCCCUUUACAGAUGUAGUAACUACAAAUCUUAAACUACGAAAUCCAUCAGAUAGGAAAGUAUGCUUCAAAGUGAAGACCACAGCACCUCGUCGAUACUGUGUGAGGCCGAACAGUGGAAUUAUUGACCCAGGAUCAUCUGUAAUUGUUUCAGUAAUGCUGCAGCCUUUUGACUAUGACCCAAAUGAGAAGAGUAAACACAAGUUUAUGGUACAAACAACCUAUGCACCACCAAAUAUUUCAGAUAUGGAGGCAGUGUGGAAAGAAGCAAAGCCUGAUGAGUUAAUGGACUCCAAAUUGAGAUGUGUGUUUGAAAUGCCCAACGAAAACGAUAAACUGAAUGAUAUAGAUGCAAGCAAACCCGCGCCAGUACUGAAUACAUCUAAGCAGGAUGGACCGAUGCCAAAACCACAUAGCGUUUCACUUAAUGAUACUGAAACAAGGAAGCUAGUGGAGGAGUGCAAAAGACUUCAGGCAGAGAUUAUGAAGCUGACGGAUGAAAACCGGCACCUGAGAGAUGAAGGCUUGAGGCUCAGAAAGGUAGCGCACUCAGAUAAAUCUGGAUCACCCACAGCUUUGGCCCUCAGAGAUAAUGGCUCUAAUUCUCUUCCUUCACUUCUUGUUGUAAUUGCAGCCAUUUUCAUUGGAUUCUUUCUAGGGAAGUUCAUAUUGUAGAAAGAAUGAGUGAGAGAAGCAUGCAAAAUGCAGCUUCCUUUUUUUUUUGAGGGUUUUUUUUGGGUUUUUUUGGUUUUGGUUUUUUUUUUUUUUCCUCGGCCAGAAAAAGAUUUGUUUACCUACCACUUCAUUGGUAGUAUGGUCCAAGUGGCCAUUUUUGUGUACAGCAUCAUAACAGGCUUUGCCUUUAAUGGUCUCGCACGAUUAGAAAAUACAAUCUGAAAAGAGAAACUGUUCGGCUACUGGACAAAAUUGUACAUUAAGUCAUCAAUAGCAGGUGUCAGUUGCACAGUCAGUCCUUUAUGAAAAUUCAUAAAUAAAGAAUUGUUCUCUUUCUGUGGUUUUAAUAAGAAUUAAAAAAUUGUUCAGAGUCUUGUAAAUGUUAUUUUAAUAAUCCUUUAAAAUUUUAUCUGUUGCUGUUACCUCUUGAAAAAUGAUUUAUUAGAUUGCUAAUCCCACUCAUUCAGGAAUAUGGCAAAAGGUAUUCUGGGGGAAAUGGUGCCUCUUACUGUGUAAAUUUUCUCCUUACCUUACUUUGCUAAUAUCAUGGCAGAAUUCGUUUCUUACUUCUUGUGAGGCAUUGUUGAGAGUUCUUCAUCCUUACAGUCCUGUCCCAUAAUAUUUAACAUUACAAAAGAAAUAAAAUUGUUAACAUUUUUCUGCUGGGUAGCCUGUUUGUGUGUGUUGUACUUUUAGAAGGGAUUCCUAACAAGUUCAUUGUUCAUGGUAAUUUGCUACUUGUAACAAAUGGCUAUUUUGAAGUUUAUUUGCUUAAGUCUCUGGCUUAGACUGUUGUAAUUGAAGUUUUUUGGGGAAAAAAAAAAAGGUUUGCAUUCCAUUUGUUUAAAAUGAACUGUUUUCUGGCUGCUUUCAGCUACAGAGGGGAUGGUUAUCAAACGUUUUGGAGCAGUGUAAUUUGGAUAUCCAGCAGGUACAAAUACCAGAUGUGAAUGUUAUCAAUAUAUUAACAGUUUGCUUGAAUUGUGCGGGAGUGUAAUAAUCAACCUUCUGUUCCAUCUUUGGAUCUUCUGGGUGUCUUCCAGGAGUCAACAUUAUUCUUUGAUUUCAUAAGAGUACUUAAUUCAUAUAUACUAACUUAGUUCGUAAUUCUGUUUCAGCAGAUAUUCAGAAAUGCAAGCUGAAUCUUUCAGACACCCAUAGUGAAUUCCAUGAUGCAGAAGAGUUGAUAUUUGCUGAGUGAGCCUCAGUUGCUCACCUUUUGAAAAUGAAAAUAAUUUUAAUGCAACUCUUGGCAGAUCUACCUGUGUUAGUCAUGUAUAGCUAAGUUUUAAAGAAUGCAUUUUGUGGGGGUCUGAAAUGCUUCCCUGCACUUAAUCUUAUGUCUUGCCUCAUCUCUGAAUAAGUCAUAAAACCAAACUGUAGUAUUGGAACAAAAUAUUAUCUGUACUUCUGGCUAAGCAUAAUCCAAUACAGGGAAUUACUUGUAAACUUGAAAAAUUGUGGAAGGGGUAUACUCCUGUAAGCAAAAUUGUAUAUGCUCUUGGACAGCUUGACUUGAUGUGGUGCAGCUAAGUGUGUUAGACCUUGGUGUAUGCACACCUUAUGUAGCUGAGAAAGAUGUUCUGGAGAAGAUGUAUGUUAUCUUGGUUGCCUUUGAUUCCUAGUGCUUUUUUUUAAAAAAGAAAACUAUAAUUACAUCAUGUUCUGUCAUUGCUUUCUGUGAUAAACUUUUUUUAUAAAAUCGUGCAUAUUUUCAAGGAAGUUGAUGAAGAAAAUGCAAAUAUUGCUUAUCUUUUCACUUAAGCAUGCAAGCACAGAUGUUUCCAAUUACUUGUUCAAGUGUCUGCAUUCAAGUCUCCUUCUAUCCCAGUGACUGGAAAAGCUGUGUUGAGGUCUUGAUUAUUUUGGUUCCACUGGUUCAGAAUGUUGUAGUCCUGUUUUUUUUUUUUU